GGAUUUCGGUUUGUUUUCAUUUCAACUUCGUGUCCAUGGUUCAUUCCAUUUUUUGCAUCGGAGGCGCGCAUUUCGAUUAAAUUCGGAAGUGCGCUAUGUUUCGUUAACCGUUCAGAACUAAAAACACGAUAAACUUAAACCCCUACUAUAGCUCCAGAACAAACCUACAACCCAGCAGUGAAAACUAACCCAUAGACAGUGCUUGCUAUUUUAAAAACUCCACAAAUCUAUCGUUAUUUUAACCAAAACCCUGUAAGCAGUCAAUAAAACUACGUGAAAUUACGCGUGAAUCGAAAAUCGUACGAGUACUUAAUCAUCAUCGAAGGCGAGUGUUGAAAAGUGUUCCGAGGUCAAUGUUUCUGUUUCUGCUGCUGGCAACGCAUCGCUCGAGUUAAACAAUCUGCAGCCAGUUCACCGAGCAGGCCGAUAAAGGACCACCCACUCAAACUGCUGAACUCGAUUGGGACUAAAUAGGAGUCCAAACUCGAAACCCGAAACCCGAAAGCCAGCCAAACCAAUUGGACGCCAACGCCAAUUUUAACUACUGUUGGUGGCGCCAGCAGCGAAUAGCGAAUAAUUGAAUCAUAAAGGACACGGACGGGCCACCGAAAGGAUCCAGAUCCAGAAUUCAGGAUCAACAAAGCCGAGCAAAUAAUUGCUGUAUAGUAGUGUGCACGCGGCCCCAGCAUUUUCGCCCCAUUUCCGGUUCCGGCGGAGGGGGAGCGGCCCAUUGGCAAAGAAGGCAGAGGCAGGAGCCGAGGCUGCAGGGAAAUGACAGCCGUCCUGCUUUAAUUAAAGCCGGGACGUGGGCGUGGUCGUGGCACGGGCGUGGGGCGUGAGGCGUGAGGCCCGAAAGUGUGCGCUGCAAUAAAAGUAGGAAAUUGAAACGCAAUGUGGCUGAUGCCGCGGACCGUGGACAACGCAACAAAGUGGACGAAAUUGCUUUUGGAACAGAAGCGGAUAGCUGGAGCAGCCGGAGCAGCGGCAGGGAAGGCAUUAAUUUUGAUUAAAUUCACCUGAACACAAUUUCAUGCAAAGCAACCAAACAACUACCAACUACCGAGUGAAAUAUUAGCCCAAAUAGAAGAAAAGGUAGAGCACAUUUUAAGCGUAUAUUUCAAGCAGCCUGGUGAGUGGUGUGCAUGAAACUCACUCCGUGGAGCAGCAGGCGGCAUCUUGUGGUAGAGUCGGUUUUGCGUGCCGCAGGCAUUGCAACAGCCACACAUGAACACGUCCCUGUGACAGGAGGAGGUGUGGCGAAGGAGCAGGCGGCGACGGCGUCGGCGAAGAGGAAGGCGAAGUCGGGACCCCAGCCAAACAGCAUAAUUUCGUCAACGGCAGCCGGUUGAACUGUCGUCGACAGGGCGCACAACCCACCGUUCCCCACGGGAACCGGAACCCAGAACCCGAAUCCCGUAUUCCAACCCAAGCCCAGCCCACAUCGUCAUCAGCAGGAGCAGGAGCGGCGGCGUCCCUGUCACAGUCAGCCACGCUUGUCAGCCAGGAUCAGAAUCAGGAAUCAGGAACCGGAGCAGGAAUAGAAACCCUAGCCCAAGCCCAGACCCAGACCCAACCCCAACCCCAGGCCAUUCCACUGCAGCACCAGCGCCCCGAUGAAUCUGCUGUGCUGCUGUUGUUGCAGUAACAUGGCACCAAACCAGCGCGUCACACGCAAAUGGGAACUGUUUGCCGGACGCAAUAAAUUCUACUGCGAUGGAUUGCUAAUGUCCGCACCGCACACAGGCGUCUUCUACUUGACGUGCAUCCUGAUUACCGGCACCAGUGCGCUCUUCUUUGCCUUCGACUGCCCCUUCCUGGCGGACAGCAUAAAUCCGGCCAUUCCGAUUGUGGGAGCGGUCCUCUACUUCUUCACGAUGAGCUCCUUGCUGCGCACAACCUUCACGGAUCCGGGCGUCAUACCGCGCGCCUCCAACGACGAGGCCGCCUAUAUCGAAAAGCAAAUUGAGGUGCCAAACUCGCUGAACAGCCCCACAUAUCGACCGCCGCCCCGGACCAAGGAGGUCCUGGUCAAGGGCCAGACGGUCAAGCUGAAGUACUGCUUCACCUGCAAGAUCUUCCGGCCGCCGAGGGCCUCUCACUGCAGCCUGUGCGACAACUGCGUGGACCGCUUCGAUCACCACUGUCCCUGGGUGGGAAACUGCGUGGGCAAGCGGAACUAUCGGUUCUUUUAUUUGUUUCUAGUCUCAUUGGCAUUUUUAGCUGUAUUUAUAUUCUCGUGCUCUGUGACGCAUUUAGUUUUAUUGAUGAAAAAGGAGCAUGAGGUCUUUAAUGUAAUCAAGAAGGCGCCCUUCACUGUGAUUGUUGUGUUCAUUUGCUUCUUCUCGAUAUGGUCGGUGAUCGGCCUCGCCGGCUUCCACACCUAUUUGACGACGAGCAACCAGACGACCAACGAGGAUCUCAAGGGAUCCUUCUCCUCCAAAGGCGGUCCACGCACCCAAAAUCCCUACUCGCGAGGGAACAUCUGCCUGAAUUGUUGCCACAUCCUGUGCGGACCCAUGACGCCCUCGCUGAUCGACAGACGCGGCAUCGCCACCGACGAGUGGCAGCAGAUGCAGCACCAGGCGAGUCCGCGGCACGCACUGAGCGACGUGCUGAGUGCCUCGCACAUGGUCACCACCUCGCAGCCCAUGAUGGGCGUGGGUGGGAUCGGUGGUGCCGGCGGCGGGAUCAGCAUUGGUGGGGCGGAGCUGAAGCCCCGGUUCUACGACGAGUCCAAUCCCUCCUCCUCGACACUGGAGGGCAACGGAGGUGCCAUCAAUGGCCAUGGCAACGGCCAUGGGAAUGGCCACGGGAAUGGCCAUGGCAACGGCUUCGACCAUCCGCCGCCCAGUUACGACCUGGUCCAAAACGGUAAGUCCCGCAAGCAGCACCAGCAGCGCUGCUCCCUGCAAACCCUGCUGCCCGCCAGUGCCCAGCAGCAGUUCAAGGCCAGCAAGCACAAGCACAAGCAGCUCAAGCAGCACCUGGUGGCCGCCGAGCUGCAGCAGCAGCACGAGGCGACCGGUCUGGGUCCCGGGAUGGGUCCCAAUUCGCCCUCGCUCCUGCGCUCGCCGGCCACGUCCUCCUCAUACCGGUUGAACCUGAAGCGAUCGCUGCACCUGCCGCUAACACCGUCGUACGACGACGUUCGUCACUCGCCGCUCCCGCUGUUGCACCAUCAUGUCCACGCCCAGCAGACCACCGCCAUUGGCAGUGUGGCGGCAGCGGCAGCGGCGGUGGCUUCGGGCGCCAGCGGUGGAACUGGUGGCUCCUCCUCCUCUGCCGCCACCACCACCGCGCCCACAUCGGUGUCCGUGUCGCUGGCCACGGCUCCGCCGCCGCUGGCGCCGCGACGACCGUCGACGCUGCAGCUGCAGGCCAGCGGAGCGAUGUCCGCCAGCAACAGCACCCUGACCACCAUACACACCACGGCGCCCCAGCCGCCGGCACCGACGGAUUUCAAGUACUAUUCGCCGCAACGCAGCACGGACUCCAAUCUGAUGAGGAACUAUCCGUUUCCGAAGCAGGCACGCGGCAUGCGUCGCCAGUCGACGAUGUCGGUGGACUCGCAAAAGGUCAAUAUCGCCGGCUAUCAGCCGCUGCCCAUGAGGAAACCCUAUAAGCACCAGGAGGUCAUGUUCGAGCUGAAAUCGCCGACCAACCGGCUGACAAUUCGCGAGUGCGACUUUGGCGGUGGCGGUGAACCCUGCGAUGACGAUCAGUCGAUCAAGGACAGCCAGAUCUUUCGUGUUAGUAAACGAAAUCUUUAUAUGAAUCACCGGUCGCCGUGGAAGGAGCGCGACCGCUACUCGAAUCUCUACGAGUAUUCGUUCAACAUCGAUCUCAACUCGAUCAUCGAGGAUGCGGCGGGCAGCGACUCGUCCUAGUACGCAGCAGCAGUCCGCUGCUCCGCCGCCCCAGGCCAUGGCCACGCCCACUCGGUCCGCUUCCGACUGCUAUCCGUUGUCCGGCGGUUCGGUGGCGGGGCCCGCCUCCAAGUCAUCCUCCUCGAUCGGUUGUUGGGCGCUGUACAUAUGGCCGGGUGCGGAUCUGGCUACGGAUCUCCACCCUGGCCAGCCCUAUUCCUACUGCUUCCACGCUUUUGCUAAGGCGACCCACUCAGAGGUCCAGUUUUUUUUGGAGCUUGCAUCCCGAACUAUGGACUCGAGUGCAGCAAUUCGAAUAUUAUUUAAUUAGGUCUUCGUUUAGGCUUUUAUGUGAGGGCUUAACUAGGUUUUAAAUGUUUUUCGUUGGCUAGUUUGCAAUGUACAUACUUUAAUCAAGGCUGCAAAGCGUUUUGGAACCGAACUCUUGGGAAAAGUUCGGGUUUUUCAAAAUUAAGAGGUUUUAAAAACAUACUUUAUGGAGAGAAAUUAAAUCAAAUUGUUUUUAAAAUAUAUACAUUGACUCGAAAGGUGGUAAAAGAAAGUAGUUAUCACAAAAAGCACCUUCUUAAAUACCCGUUUUUAGGUAAGAAAUUUGAAAUAUGCUUUUAUAUUUCACAACUUGCUUUAGAAUAAUUAAUAUUCUGGCAAGGUUGAUUUUAAAUUGCUUAAAAAUUCGGAUAAAAUCGUAAUAUAUACAAAGAAUACUCCAGAUUUAACCACUGAAUCCAAUUUGUUUUAGCCCUUAUAAAAUCAAACGCUUUGGUUCCGACUUGCAAAGUAAAUAUUUUGCUCAACUGAACAUUGAGGGCCAACGGAGCGCAUAAAUUUAAAAGUUUGCAGCCUUGAUUCUAACUUUGAGGGAAUCUAUCACAGUCUGAUUGUGGCACAUUUGUGAGACUCACUUGGCUUCCAUGAUGCGCUUAGAUGCUAGAGAACUGUAACUGCCUGAAAUCCGAAUUUGUGUUUGUUGCACCCUUUGUAGAAGUCGAACUUGUAUGAUUUUUGUUUAAAUGUUUGAAAACCCCCCGCUCCAACCGCUGUAGUCUCCCCCCAACCAACUUGGUUCAUAGAAACUUUUGCGUUUAUAUAGCACCUGCUUCCCAGGCUAGGUGCGUCGGAUCUCCCCUGCUGCAAAUGCGAUUGCAAUAGGGGCGAUGCGGCGCCAGGGGCCGCAAAUGCCACCCGUGUACAUGUAUCCACCUUGGUCUACGUCCCAGCGCCGCCACCUCCAAUAGUGAAGACACCAACUAACCAAGCAACCAAGCAACCAAGCAACCGAGCAACCUACUAACCAGAACACCAGAAAACCAAAUAACCAGUAAACCUAGCAGCCAACCAACAUCCCAAGCCAAGCAUGUUUGACUCUGUUCGCCUAGUAAAACGCUUAAGUUUUGAUUUUUGCCGGGAACCUCGUGAGAAUCCCACGGCUGAAUGGCCUGUAAAUGUACAUCGCAGUCACUUGGGCCCUGAGUUGAAUAGUUUUUGAAUAAUUUGGAAGGUUUCAACCGAACGAAAACUUUAACUUGCGAUUAGAAGAUGGUGCGGAUGGUGCACUUAGCAAAACACUUAAUGAGCCAAAAUAACUGCCAUUUAUCGAAGCAACAUUUUGUUAGGACUUUUUUCAUUUUUACAAUGAAAAUUACAAUUAAAAUUUAUUGUAAAACCGUAAACUAAACAUGGAAUUCAAUAAGAAUUUGAUAAACUAUGUAUCAGUGUUAAGGGUGUCAUUUUUAAACUACUAGAGGAAUACACAAAAUUGUUGCAAACGGAUCGGAAAGUAUCAAAUAUCGAAAUAAUAAAUUAAUCUUGAAUAUUGGAACAUUGCCAAGUGACUGCUGCAAAUAAUUAGCAAUAAAUCGAAAUACCAGACAAUGCGUUGAAAUUGAAAUGCGAAAUGAAAACAGAAAUUGAAAAUAUUUAUACCUAGUUGUAAUAGUUGAGAGCACUCUCAUUCUCGGGCAGCAGAUUGCUGGACUUUUUGGGGAGGUGAAAAUCGUAAAGCUUAUUAGCGUACAUAUUGUGUAAGCCGGCUUAAAGAAAUAAUUGCGGCUCGAGAGCCGCCUACAAGGCUUUAAAUCUUGAGCAUUAACAAUAUUAUGGGUUCCUUUUAUAAUUAAUUGCAAGUGUAAUACGCAUUAGCGAGGUAAUUGAAGUUGUAGGUAGCUAUAUAUAUUAUAUAUACAUUUCAUGCUAGCUCAAGGCAUGGAAUCGAGUGUUAACUGAUGGAAAAGUAAAUUUAUAUACUUAUAUAUACACACAAAAUAUGUAUGGUUAAAUGUUGGGCAAUAAAGUGUAUCUAGCGUAUGUUCGAAAUUGAUCCGAAUGAGAUGAUCUAUAACUAAAGUAUAAGUACUAAUCCCGAUGUUGAAGCGUAUCGCAACCUUUCAGGAAGAUCGUGAGGCCUACUUGCGAUCCUGAACGAUUAUUGGAACCAUAUGUAUGAAUCCCCCGAAGAAUCACCCGCACACAUAGACACCCUCUGGGGGCCUUGGGCUUGAAGCUUCCGAUUUUUGGUUCCCCUCCUCCCCCAUUUUCCACAUCUUGCCCAUCUUUAGGUUACCUGAUUUCGAUACUGACUACUGGCAAGGGGCGCACACAUCCACCAAAAGCUAUAAACCAAACCUCCUCCUCUUGAUUUAUCGCACACUAAUGUCAAACUCUUUCUGUAUCUUUCAACUUGACUCUCUGCGGGAAAAAAACAAACAAACAAUACUUGCAAAUUUGUGUCUGUAACUAUUUUGUGAAACUAACCGAAACCGUAAAAAUCCAAAACAAAAACUGCAAUUGAGCGAAAGUUGUCGAGGGCCGCUUAAGACUAGAGUAAAAAUGCAUUUUAAGCCUUAAUUGGGUGAGUUCUCUCCUAAUGCCACAAAACGUUUAAUUGUUGUAUGUACCAAAAAAUAACCGAAAACCGAAAAAUUUAACCCAAGCUUUAGAGUUUCGUUUGAACUUAGCUACACCGCAUACAUAAUAUAUAUCCCCAUAACUUUGAGUUCACUUUCCUGUUGCUUAAGCCGCCAGUGCGAAAUGGCUGAUAUUCAUUUGAUGUUUGAUUAUGUUGCUCAUGCCGAUUCGUAUCCAUCAAAUAGACCACAAAGGAAUCACCCGAAACCCACACAAUAUGCAAAACACCUUUCCGACACCCCUCCAAGAACACAACCAGAAAUUCAAAGUUUAAUAUGGUACUUAGCGAUUAUUUAUUGGCAAGCUGCAGUUGUAUACACCCACUAAUUGUACUCACAACAUUUUGAAAGCAUGCUUUAAAUUGUUCAAUUGGCACCGACUUACCCACCGAAUCCAUUAUCCAUUAAUUAGCGCCUAUUUUCUGGCUUUAUUUGCGCGUACUCUCCGCUCCGCCGUUUGUCAUUUGAUUUUCCAUUAUCGUAGUUUAUUGAUUUAAGAGCUUAUCAACUGAUGAGUUUCGAAUUGAGUUGAUUUCACCCAGUUCUGAGCCCCACUUCCGCCGGAAGUAAGCGGUUUCUGGACGAAUCCGUACUGCCAUUACAUGUGUAUCUCGUUCUGUUCAACAGACAAACCGUAUUUAAUUUAAUUACGCUUUUAAUUUACCGCCCUUUUUUUGCAGCAUUUAUGAUUAUUUGCAUAUUCGAAACUGUUUUAUUUUCCCACAGCUAAACCAAACCGAAUCAAAACAAACCAUCAACGACCACCACUAGCAAAAGAGCAAUAAAAACCACUAGAUAAAAAUGCUCCAAAUUGAAAUUCGAAUUUUAAAUUAGUUGGCAAAUUUGUUGUAAUGAGCAUUUGAAUAUUUUACAAGCAUUAAUUAAACAUACAAAAGAAGCAAAUUAAAUACCACACACUAAUCACAACCAUCCGUUUCGCCCACUCUCCCCGUUUCCGUGUCGUUCGCAGGUAAUUCCAAUAGUCUAGCUCAGUUGGUGGACAACGAGAUACCG